AUGGAGGGCAGAUCUGUUGUGAUUUCUAGCAAUUUUCAAGGAAACAAAGAACAAUCUUCUUCACCUGACUCUGGUUUAAACUUGGGUUUAGUUGAUUUUCCUCUCUUGAAUCCAAAUGGAGGUAAAGAAGAUAACCCUAGACGUGCACCUACUCUACAGACGAAUUUUAGGGAAAAUCAUGUUGAUGAUUGGUCAUCUUUGUUCCCAAAUAAGAAGAAUGCUGAGGAGAAUCCAUUGAUCUAUCAGUCUCCAGUCAUGAUGGAGGGAAUGAAAGCAGUGUCUAUCUCCUCCGAGAUUCUUCAUCAGAAACUUAAAGAAUGCAAAGAACUUGCAAUUGGGUAUUUUAUAGGUCGCAAACUAUCUUACUCGAUGGUGAAGGAUGCAGCAGCUAAAGUUUGGAUGACAAAAUCUGAGGUAUCCAUUACUCUCCACAGCAGCAAUUCUUUUGUUUUCAAGUUUUUGAAUUCCGAGGAUAGGAAUUUAGCUCUAGAUCAUGGGGCUUUCUAUAUUUCUGGUAGUUUUUUUUUUGUGGUUAGGCCCUGGAGUCCCUUGAUUGAGAACUCAAUUGCAGAGAUGAAGUCCAUUCAUGUGUGGAUGUUGAUUUACAACGUUCCUAUUCAUCUCUGGAACAACUUAGGGCUUGUUCUGAUAGCUAGUUUUGUGGGAAAACCCUUGAUGAUAGAUGAUUGCACCAUCAACAAAACUAGACUUUCCUACGCAAGGGUUCUUGUUGAAAUUAAUUUUGAUUGUCAGUUCCCUAGCGCUAUUCCUUUGUGGAUUUAUGGAAAGUUUAAAGCUAAUGGGAAAGCUCACUCGAAUCCUAAGAAGAAGCAAAAUUCUGAGAUGUUGAAAGGGUUUCAAUCCUUAUCUAAGGAAGGGGAAAUAGAGAAGGCAGGGGAGGAUAUUGGGAUCUCAGAGGAGACCAACCCUUCUACCUACAUUGAUGAGCAACCAAAUCAGCAAAUACAAAUUGUUGGUGAAGGAGUCUUAGCUAAAGCUGCAGAUAUUGGAAAGCAAGUAGAAGAACCUUUUAUUAAGAGUAGAACAUAUGCUAGAAGGAUUAAGAGCUCUUCCAAGAAGGGGAAUAAGCAAAUCCCAAUCUGCAAUUUGAAUCCAUAUAGUGUCUUAGGUGCUGUUUCUGAAACUGUUUUGGAAGAGUUACUAAAGAGCGCAAGAGAAAACUCUGAAGAUCAUAACGAAGACAAGAGCCAUGUUAAUGAAGAACAUGAUAUUGAAGAGCCCAUAGUAUAUUCGUGUGAAGGUGAAGAGUCUGAAUACGAAACGGACAAUGAUGUCGUGGGUGUUGCAAAGGUAAUGUCAGUUGAGGAGGUAUCUCAAUGGAAACCAAUGACUAAAGAACAAAAUUUGGAUAAACUUUUGAAGUUUAGUUCAUCAAUUGGUCUUUCGCGUGGAUCUAAAGAAGUUGAAGUUAAAAAAAUCUUUGGAGGCAUCGUUGAUACUUUCCAUUCCUCAAAACCAAUCAAAUAUUUGGGUCCUAGCAAUGAUAAUUUGGGUAGAGGGAAAAGAACCCCAAUACCUAAGAAGAAAUUAUAG